AUGGCUGACCAACCAAAUAACUCUCUUCUGGUCUCUUUUACUGAUUUCCAGUUAAUUGGAUUCACGGACCUUAAAGGUUACCGUCCGCUGCUCUUUAUUCCUUUUUUCAUCAUCUUAAUUUAUACAUUACUUGCCAAUGGCAUUUUGAUGACUGUCAUUGCAAAACAUAGGAAAUUACAUGCCCCCAUGUAUAUUUUAAUUGGACUGAUUGCUGUUUUGGGGUUUUUCGUGCCAAUAUACUUUAUUCCAAGAAUGUUGGUUGGAUUUGCGUGGGAAAUGAAUACAAUUACUCGACAUGAAUGUCUAAUACAGAUGUUCUGUCUACAUUUUUCCGGUUGUUUUCAGUCCUCCAUCUUACUGGGAAUGGCUGUGGAUAGAUUUUUCGCAAUUGUUUAUCCUCUACGCUACAAUGACUUUGUAAAUUUGACAAACUCUCUUAUUUUCUGUGUAGUUCUCAGCAUUCGGAAUGCUAUUAGCAUCAUUGCCAUGGUUGGUCUCGUUGUGCCUCUUACGUUUUGUAGAACGAAUUUGAUUUACCACAGUUUUUGUGAACACACAUCAGUCGUCAACCUAGCUUGCAAUGAUAUCACUAAAAACUAUUUAGCUCUUACAGUAGCUUUUGGUAUAACAUCUGCUGACUGUGUUUUGAUAUUUUGCUCAUAUGUCAUAAUUUUUGUCGUAAUAUUCUGCUCUCCUUCUGGUGAAUCGCGCCAUAAAGCCAUUCACACAUGCACCACACACUUGAUGACCAUAGUGAUUGCCUAUAUCAGUGUUACUGCUGCUUUUGUUGGGUAUAGAGUAUCUACAAUACCCAGAGAUGCUCGUAUUGUAACUAGCACGCUGUAUCAUCUCGUUCCUGCAAUAUGUAACCCUAUUAUUUAUGGUCUCAGAACCACUGAAAUAAGAACACAAAUUGUGAAAAGCUUCAAAUGUAAUAAAAUGACUUCACAUUGA